GAAAGGUAUUCACUUCUUGAAGAGACAAAAGCUCGAUCGAGUUAUUAGGACCUAUUAGAAAAACACUAAUAUUAUCACUACUGUUACAAUCAGAAUUACUUGAGAGACAAUGAGAUCCUCUACAGUAUUUAUUUUUCACAUGCUUUUCGCCCUCUACUUAAAUGGACAAAUCUCUGGAUAUUCAGUUGAUAUUCCGGAAGCACGUCAAAACGUUCAAGAACUGAGAGAUUACUAUGUAAGUAAUAAUUUUACAUAUAUCUUUGUACUUAUAUUGUGUAUAUUUACUCAAAGGAUAUUAUUACUAUAAUGAAUAUUGUAAAAUAAUAUUUAACCCCUUAAGGACACAUGACGGAAAUAUUCCGUCAGGAUUCCCUUUUAUUCCAGAAGUUGUGUCUUUAAGGGGUUAAAUCAUUUAAGUAUAAAUAAGGACAAAUAAAUUCAAAAACUUUUGACAUUCUUAAUCACAAGCCAGCUUGCAAUUUUUACACACAUAAUAUUAUACCAUGUAUUUAACAUAUACUUUAUUGACACGUUAUUGAGUAAGAUUCAUCCAGUGCUUAAGUUAAAUGUUCUAAACUUGGGCUAGCAAAUCAUGGUCCCAGGUUGGUGUUGACCUAUAUAUUGCAGGAUGCUUUGUCAAGGAAGAGCGACUGAGAAUCGUCAAUAGGAGAUGUAGUCCAGCAAGUUGUCGAAGUUGGUGGGCAAUAGUUGGACACUUCUUCACUAUUUACUGAAUAUAUUAUUAUGCAAAGACAAUACAACAGCUUGAAUAUCUACUACUUAGUAGCAGUCGUAAUUGCAGUUAGUUAAUAUAAUUAAAUAGUUAUAGGAAAUGAUACACUCGUCUAAAUUUGCUAUGUAAUUAGAAUUCUUAUUUCAAUUAUUUAAGUGCAAACUAGUGCUGUAUACAGUAUCAUAUGUAUUAAAAAAACAACCAUUUCCUUUUGUGGAACACUUAUAUGGAAACUGCUAACUAUAGUAUGAGGUCUGACACUUAGGUGUGAGUUACAUGUCACAGGAGGAAAUGCUAAUAUAUUGUUCUGUGUUUGUAACAGCGUAGCAUACAGUUAGAAGUGGGCCUUGCUUUAUUGUUGCAAAGCUUCAGCCAAGUACAUAUUUUAAUAUUGUCUCUGCUUCUAAAUAAAUCUCCAUAGCGAACAGACAAUUAGUUUACAUUUUAAAGUACAACUUGACUAUACUUGACAUUUAUUUAACUUUUUUGUUUCUUCUAUCAGAAGAGCCUACAUCUUGAUGAUAAAUCGGAUGGUUCAAUCUUCACGUCAUUAUUAGAAUCAUGGAAAGGGGUAACUAUUACAUAUAUAUAUAUAUAUAUACAUACUAUAUUUUCUUUAUAUUUCCUCAAAUCUCUUUAAGUGUUUUGAGUAAGUUAUCAAGCCAGCAGCAGUAUCAGUUUGGUUAAAUCCAAGCUAGUAAAAGUCAAAUUAAAAGACCAUGAUCUCGAGUAUUUAUGUAUUAAAUAUCAUCAGUAGAACCACUGUGUUCAUUAUUCUUUUUUGUCACUUUGUAAUGCAUAAAAAAAGUUUAGCGAAUAUUGGAAGAAAAAAAUAUGGAGCAACAGAUAUUUAGUUCACUAUUGCCGUUCUUAUGGUAUCAGCCUAAUUAUUAUUUGGCGCCAUUUUGUACGCAAAUAUCUGGGUGAUUGACAUAGUAUAUAGUGCCAUUCCCAUUCUAAACUACUUGCAUGGCGAUUAGAUUUUUUUCUUUUUUUAAAUAUUAUGCUAUAUGCUAAUACUGCCGUAUAUAAAACAUACUACAAACUAUUUUAGAUCAAAUUAUUACAGGAAGAUAUACAAACAUAUUAGUAUGAAAGGAACCACAAAUCCUGCAUAUGCGCCUAUUCCUAGUGUUUACAUAAUGAAUUUACAAUUGCUACCGUUAUAAUGUGGAUUGCUACUAAUGAUUGUGGGGGAAUUUAAAUUGAUGUUGGAGAAUUUAACGGGUACAGGAAAAACUAUUUAGAUUGGGGGUUGGUAAAGUCAUGGUUUGGGCAGCAGUUAUAAUAGAGCAUUCGGAAAGGAAAACUAAUGAUAUCUGGUGAUGUAUUUAACUUCUGACUUCCUAGGAUUUUCACUAAUUGUUAAUGCAAUAGUUAUUGUUAACAAUGCCUUCUAAUUGCACUAAGAUUCUUGAUGUGUUACUAUCUUGAAUUUAACAAAAUUAUAACAUUUAUUUGUCUCUUUCAGGAAGAGGAGAAAAAGCUACUACUGAGCCAGGUUGUGCCAAUGUACUUGAAGAUGUUCGACUCUAUUGAAGUACCCAAACUGCAAAAAAGCAUUAAAAUCCUAAAACAUAUGCUCAGCGUAUCGAAUGAAGAGGUCUUGAAGCAAAGCAGAGAGAAGCUGAAGCUACUAAUGGAAUUAAGUGACAUUAAGGUACAAAACAUUCUAUGUUAUGCAUUAGCACAAAUGUGUGAGUUUGAUUAUUUAGGGAGAAAAUCAGGCAUUUCCUUCUGAAUUCAUUUUUUUAGUUUAGUAAAUAAACCUCUAUAGAGUUUGGAACGGAUUUCUAAUAAGGGUCUUAUAUUUGGCAUUUUAUAUAUGAUCAAACCUUGUUCUCUUCCUUAAUAGAGCUAAGUAAACAAUCAAUAUAGCUAAGUAAACAAUUUUAAAAUGGUGGAACUUUUAAAUAGCAACCAUGUAGAAAAUAAGAAGCAUCUUAAAUGAGAAAUUAAUUUAUGGUACGGCAAACAUCCUGAAGAAUUCAUGUUCCUUUCAGCCAUGUAUAUUUUAACGUACUCUGAUCAGCCAUGUUCAUUUUAAUGUACUCUGACAUCAUCAAUUAUUAGAUAUCCACUCUUUGUCUUUUACAUCACAUGGUGUGUCAUUUUGAAUUCCUUUAUAAGUACGACACAUGCAUUUAGUACAAUAUUUUAAAAUUAUUCAUUACUGGUUCGUCUGAAUCCAGUAAUGUAUUACCAAUAAACUAGAAAGCUAAUGAAUUUUCUAAGACUAAAUAUUCUUCCUCAACUGGAAGGAAAUAGUACAAAUGCAGUUUGAUUUACCUUACACGCAAUACAGAAAGCCCCUUACAUGUUAAUGACCAAUACUUGCCACAGUUUCCUGUCAGUUUCAUUGGUAACUGUUAUAGACAAAAAUUUCCACUUCAAUAUAAUUAGGGUAUAAAAAAAAAGGUGGGCAAUGUUUAGUUUAUUAUGUACACACAUAAUGAAAAUGGCAAACCAUUUUUUUUUUUAAAUCACUAUAGAAUCAAAAGGAUCAGUAGGUUAAUGUCAAACUUAUUCUUUCUUUUAAUGCCUUUUUUAUUGAGUGUCAGACAAAUAGAAAUGCAAAACAUACAUUGGAUAUCAAUGAGCAGCUUUGUGUACAAUUGUAAUAGGCAAUCGUGAAUAGCGAAAUAGACUAACUGACAUUCUCUUUUCUGUGAAAUCAUAAUAAAACAGCUAAACUAAACAAAAGCAUGCCGACCGUUUUUUAACAGGGAUGCAUAACAGUGCGUAAUUGUCAAUAUAAAUUGUCUACAGAAACAGGAGCUUUAGAGAUUCCUGCACAAAUGAGCUUACUAGUGUAUUACAGCACUAUGUAGUAUGUAAAGGGCUUUAUAAAUAAUAAUAAUUUGUAUUAACUCACAUCCUGUUAAAAAAAGCCUUGUUCUGUAUUAUUUUGAAAUAGCUUUAUAUUUCCACAAGGAAUGUUCCGUCUUCAGACUGUAAUUAAAGGUCCAGUCUAAGUUAUGGCGUGAGCAAAAAAGCAUCAUUAAAGUAAACUCACGGUUCGUUUCGGAACAGAGCGUGUUAGUCUUUUUUGCAUCGCCACUAACAAAUAAAGAACACUAGUACAAGCCGUUCUGAGUAGUAUCAGUUUGUAUAGUACUCGAUUUUGUAAAUUAUAAUCACUUUCAGCAAUGGGAAACUCAAAUUGCAACUGACGAGCCCUUAACUUUCUUUUUUAAAUUAAUAGAUUAAAACAUUUCCUUAGUAUUUUCAUUUAUUGAUAAAAAUCCUACAGCAUGGAUCAGAAACUCAUAAGCACAAUUGCUUCUUUGUAUAUAAUUAGUUAUUUUCAAAACGUCCCUGCACAGACCUUGAAAUUUUGCACUAUUUGCUUGGUAGAAUAUCCUACCACUCAUAACUAUAAUGUAGCUUAAAUUUAAAAAAAUGGUUUCAUAUUUCCCCCGCAAAACAGAAUGGAGAGCAGGAGAUAUCUGAAGUUAUCUCUUGUAAUAGAGUAAGAUGUCCAGCCGUUUAUAUACAUGUACAUUCUACUAAUUCAAUUGUCUAUAUUGAAGAAAAAUCAAGCUAGUGGGUCUUUUUCUUGGCAUGGGAUCCCAUAUUACGUGCAUGGCAUUAGCUGGGGGUCCUGUUCUUCAAUUGUAAAAGUCAUAUAAAGAAAAUCCAAAUUAUACAUCUCUUUAUUCACUCCCAGAGGGUCUCCAUCACAUUGGAAAAAGCACUACCUCUAUGGAAAACCAUUUAUUAUGGACCGUUGCCUGGGAAUCGAUGCAUAUAAUGUAGCUAAUCUGAAAAUACAUGGGGAUCCAUUCUAUGUCUCUACGACUGAUGAAUGCAAUGCAACCAAAACACACUGUUAUACGUUUGUUGAUCAUUUUUCUUUUUGCUUUUUAACAGAUAACAGAUACCAACAUCCAGCAAAGAGCAAUCAGAGAACUUUUCCCUGUUCUGCAAGCAAUCUCACGUCUGGGAAAAAAUAACCAUUAUGAAGAUACCAGAAAACGAAGACAAGAAUUAGCAAGGAGGCGGAGAGGAAGUCAAAGCUAA